AUGACCAUUUCCCUUCAUCUACAAGACAUUUCUGGGAGACAAUCGUUUCUAGUACUGAAGAUCAAGGACAUCCGAAAAAUUCCAUGAAAGAUGAGGCACUUGAGUCUUUUUGCUGUAACUGCUCUUCUGGUCUUCAAUGGAUGUGACUGCACCACAACUGUAUCAUCUGGAACGGCAACUCUAACAUUUUCUGGAUCUGUAGCAUCUACCAUGUCUGCAGUUUCUCCAACAUCUGCAGCUUCGACAGUCUCGCCAGCAUCUGCAGCUUCCACAGUAUCUCCAGCAUCUGCAGCUUCUACACCAUCUCCAGCAUCUGCAGCUUCCACAGUAUCUCCAGCAUCUGCAGCAUCUGCAGCCUCCACAGUAUCUCCAGCAUCUGCAGCAUCUGCAGCUUCCACAGUAUCUCCAGCAUCUGCAGCUUCUACAGUAUCUCCAGCAUCUUCAGCAUCUACAGUUUCUCCAGCAUCUUCAGCAUCUACAGUUUCUCCAGCAUCUUCAGCGUCUACAGUUUCUCCAGCAUCUUCAGCUUCUACAGUUUCUCCAGCGUCUACAAUUUCUACGGCGUCUGCAAAUUCAACAGCGACUCUGAUGAGCACAAAUUCAACUGCAAGUGGAGCACCAGUUGCAACCUCGGCUUCAGGUUUCCAGCUGCUCUGUGCAGGACUUCUCAUCUGGACCCUCAGGCUCAUUCAACUGAGAAAUUAGGAGAGAUCUGGAGAACUGGGAGUCAAUGCUGGAGCAGGAGGCAACUUAAUCUGAGCUAUUUAUUUUCUCA